AUGAAUGCCAAUACAGCGCUACGCCAGAUCGCGAGAUCCUCGCGACAAGCCUAUAGAAACUAUAAUGCGCCCUUCCGGAUAGCCCAGUCGGCGGCGGUGCCACGAAGGCACCUAGUAUCGACCACUCCCGCGGCGUUGCGACAGUGCAAACACGUCCCGUCGAGCAGCAUCGCAACCCAGAUCCGGCGCGAAUCGUCGGAAGCAAAGCCUCUUACAGAUCGACCAGCCGAGUCGGCGGAGAAUACAGAUGCAGAGGGUGACGACGUCGCGGCGCGCAAAGCCCUGGAGCCCGCCUACGAGCUGACCUUCACCUGCCGCAAAUGCAUGAACCGCUCCUCCCACCGCGUCACCAAGCAAGCCUACCACUUCGGCACCACCCUCAUCACCUGCUCCGGCUGCAAGAACCGCCACUUGAUCAGCGACCACAUGAAGAUCUUCUCCGACAAGGGCAUCACGCUCGAGGAUAUUCUGAAGGAGAAGGGGCAGUAUUUGCGGAAGGGACGGUUGGGGGAGGAUGGGGAUAUUGAGUUCUAUGAUGAGGGGAGUAAUGAGAUUGGGCAGGCGGAGGCGCAAGCGCAGGAGCAGGGUCAUGAUGGUCGUUGA